AUGGCGAGCGUAGGCGAUGCGGAGCAUGGCGAUUCCCGCCGAAGAAGCUCUCGCAUCUCUCGUGCUUCUCUGAAGGAGGACUGGUCUACUUUAGACGAGUACGGGAAACUGGUCAAAUAUGUUUCUACUUACCGCGAAGGGCCUACAGAAGAGGAGGAAGAGGGUGAAGUCGAGUGGAAGCGCCUCUGGUAUGCGCCAUGGAAGAAGCGCAAGGUCCAUGUCAAGAAGCGCGAGAACCAGGCCGGCAAAUUCCCCGACGAUUGGCUCAUCACCGAUAUUCGAGAGGGUCUUUCGAGCCAAGAGGUCCCUCAGAGACGACAGCGCGCGGGAUGGAAUGAGCUGGUCUCCGAGAAAGAGAAUCCAAUUGCCAAGGUCAUAUCUUACUUCCGGGGCCCUAUUCUUUACGUCAUGGAGCUGGCGGUCUUGCUUGCCGCUGGUCUGGAUGACUGGAUCGAUUUCGGUGUCAUCAUCGGUAUUCUGUGUCUGAACGCUGCAGUCGGUUGGUAUCAGGAAAAGCAAGCCGCCGACGUCGUCGCCAGUCUGAAAGGUGAUAUCGCCAUGCGUGCCAUCACCAUACGCGACAGCAACCAGCAGGAAAUUUUGGCCCGUGAAUUGGUACCCGGUGACGUGAUUAUCGUUGGCGAAGGAUCAGUGGUCCCAGCCGAUGCCAAAGUCAUCUGUGACUUCAAUGACCCCAACGGUUGGGAAGAGUUCAACCAGCUGCAGGAACAAGGCAUGCUUGGCGGCGGUUCCGAGUCUGACGAAGAGGAAGGCGAAGGGGCGAACCAGGAAAAUGUCGCAGUCCCGGACAAGUCAGCCGACAAGGAUGGCAAUGCUGAUGCCGAAAAGGAAGGCAAUGCCGAUGCCGGAAAGGAGGGCAAUGCCGACGGUGAGGGCGGCGGCGAGCAGUCCCAGCGUACACGCAAGCGCGGCUACCCUAUUCUGGCCUGUGAUCAUUCCGCCAUUACCGGAGAGUCUCUCGCCGUGGAUCGUUAUAUGGGAGAUGUGAUCUACUAUACAACUGGAUGCAAGCGUGGCAAGGCUUUUGCUGUAGUUCAAACUCCUGCAAAGACUUCCUUCGUUGGCCGCACUGCGAGCAUGGUGCAGGGUGCAAAGGGCGCGGGUCACUUUGAAAUCGUCAUGGACAAUAUCGGAAUGUCUCUUCUGGUUCUAGUUAUGGCCUGGAUUCUGGUCGCGUGGAUUGGUGGUUUCUUCCGCCAUCUUCCUAUUGCUUCUCCCCCGCAACAGACUCUGCUUCACUACACUCUAUCUCUGCUGAUUAUCGGUGUCCCCGUCGGUCUUCCCGUCGUCACUACCACGACCAUGGCUGUUGGUGCUGCGUAUUUGGCCAAGAAGAAGGCCAUUGUGCAGAAGCUGACUGCUAUUGAAUCUUUGGCGGGUGUGGAUAUUCUCUGUUCUGAUAAGACCGGAACUCUGACAGCGAAUAAACUGAGCAUCCGCGAUCCUUUCGUGUCAGAAGGCGUCGACGUCGACUGGAUGUUUGCCGUGGCUUGCCUGGCGUCCUCGCACAAUAUCGAAUCCCUCGAUCCGAUCGAUAAGGUCACUAUCUUGACUCUCAGACAGUACCCUAAGGCUAGAGAGAUCCUGCGCCGCGGAUGGAAGACUGAAAAGUUCACGCCCUUCGAUCCCGUUUCGAAGCGGAUUGUGACUAUCGCGACUUGCGAUGGCAUUCGGUAUACUUGCACCAAGGGCGCUCCGAAAGCAGUGCUCCAGCUCACCAAGUGUUCGAAAGAUGUUGCCGAUUUGUAUAAGUCCAAAGCUCAGGAAUUCGCUCACCGCGGCUUCCGCUCUCUCGGCGUGGCCGUUCAAAAGGAAGGUGAAGACUGGACUCUGCUCGGGAUGCUCCCAAUGUUCGAUCCGCCCCGAGAGGACACAGCGCAGACAAUCAGCGAAGCUCAGAACCUCGGUAUCAGUGUCAAGAUGCUUACGGGUGACGCGAUUGCCAUUGCGAAGGAAACUUGCAAGAUGCUCGCGCUAGGCACGAAGGUGUACAACUCUGAUAAGCUAAUUCACGGCGGUCUUAGCGGUGCUAUGGCCGGAGAUCUGUGUGAAAAAGCCGACGGCUUUGCUGAAGUGUUCCCCGAACAUAAAUAUCAAGUGGUUCAGAUUCUUCAAGAACGAGGCCACUUGACUGCAAUGACCGGAGACGGCGUAAACGACGCCCCGUCCCUGAAGAAAGCGGACUGCGGUAUCGCCGUCGAAGGUGCCUCUGAAGCCGCGCAAACUGCAUCGGAUAUUGUGUUCCUAGAACCCGGCUUGUCGACUAUCAUCGACUCGAUCAAGGUUGCGCGCCAGAUCUUCCACCGCAUGAAGGCUUAUAUCCAAUACCGUAUCGCUCUCUGCUUGCACCUGGAAAUUUACCUCGUGACCUCGAUGCUCAUUCUGAAUGAAAGCAUCCGCGUCGAGCUCGUCGUCUUCCUGGCUCUUUUCGCCGAUCUUGCGACCGUGGCUGUUGCCUAUGACCAUGCAUCUUUCGAACUUCGUCCCGUGGAAUGGCAACUCCCAAAGAUCUGGGUCAUCUCCGUCAUCCUUGGCAUCCUCCUGGCAGUGGCUACCUGGAUAAUACGAGGCACCAUGUUCCUGCCCUCUGGUGGUAUAAUCCAAAACUUUGGUUCCAUUCAAGAAGUCCUCUUCCUGGAAGUCGCACUCACCGAGAAUUGGCUGAUCUUCGUAACCCGCGGUGUCGACACCUUGCCAUCUAUCCAGCUGGUUACUGCCAUUCUGGGUGUUGAUGCCCUCGCCACUAUCUUCUGUCUGUUCGGCUGGUUCACUAACCAGGAUAUGAAGACCGAACCUCCGGAUAAGUUCGUGGAGUCCGCAAAUGGUUGGACGGAUAUUGUCACGGUCGUGCGCAUCUGGGGUUAUUCUCUCGGUGUGGAGAUCGUCAUUGCUCUCGUCUACUUUACCCUUAACAAGAUUAAGUGGCUUGAUGAACUCGGUCGUGCCAAGCGCAGUAAGGGCGAGAUCAAGAUGGAGAACCUGCUUGGCCAUUUGGCUCGCUUGACGGUUGAGUAUGAGGAGCCCGGCAAACCGAAUGGCAAGUUCUUCCUGGCUGCCAGCAAGGAGGAAGAGGAUGUGGAGUAA